UUUUGGAAUACUGCUGAACUCUGACCUCUACAGUCAGCAACCGGUAGUCUGAAGAUGAAUGUCGUACUCCUUCACUACAAUUACACUGGGAAGCUGGGAAACCAGCAGAUGACUCCCAUUAAUAAUGUGGACUUUCAAAGAAUCGUCUCCCUCAUCGUUUCCCUCAUCGUUCUGGAGAACCUCACCGUUCUGGUGGCCAUAUGGAGGAACCACAGGUUCCACAACCGAAUGUACUUCUUCAUUGGGAACCUGGCACUGUGUGACCUGCUGGCUGGAGUCUCCUACAUGGUCAACUUGCUCCUCUCUGGGGAUAAGACGUUUGAUCUCUCACCGACUCUGUGGUUUAUCAGAGAGGGCAGCACAUUUGUAGCACUCAGUGCCUCCAUCUUCAGUCUUUUGGCCAUCGCCAUAGAGAGACACCUGACUAUGAUCAAAAUGAGACCUUAUGAUGCCAACAAGAACUACAGAGUGUUUCUGCUUAUAGGGACCUGCUGGCUGAUUGCUGUGAUCCUGGGAGCUUUACCCAUCUUGGGUUGGAACUGCAUUGACAACCUCCCAGACUGUUCCACAGUCCUGUCUCUUUACAGCAAGAAAUAUGUAGCUUUCUACAUCACAGUUUUCAUAAUCUUGCUUUUAGCCAUGUCAGUCCUUUAUGCUCGCAUCUACAUCCUGGUAAAAUUCAGCAGCCGAAAGGUGAGUAAGCACAGCAACUCUGAGCACGCUAUGUCCCUUCUGCGCACCGUCAUUAUUGUAGUCGGAGUCUUCAUCGCCUGCUGGACACCCCUCUUCAUCCUGCUCCUGGUGGAUGUGGCAUCUGAGCAGCACUUUCCAGUCCUCUACCAGGCUGACUGGUUUAUAGCACUGGCUGUGCUCAACUCGGCCAUGAACCCAGUCAUCUACACUCUGGUCAGUCGCGAGAUGAGACGGGCCUUCCUGGCUCUGGUUUGUGGCGUUUGCUACAAGAUGAAGACUUUUUGUGGACGGCGGUGGGAACAGGCAGUUCCGGGAGCCCAGGCAAAUCUGGAAGAAAUCAUGGAGUAGCCAGAACAACCAAAACCAGAAUGAACAGAGGGGUUUGGAGACAGACACACAUCCCAGUGAGGUCUCACAGAUGUCUGGAAUUAGAGUACCCUCAGAAGGGGAAUCGGGACCAUGGAAAAGACUGAAAAAAAGGUACAAGUUAUCUAGAAUUAGGAACAAGCUUUUUUUCCUUCUCUUGGUGGAUGUGUCAGCACUGCCUAGACCUCUCCAAGCCCAACUGGUUUGCUGGACUUGCUGUGGUCAGCCCUACACUUUGGUCAGGAAAUUCAGAUGGGAAUUUUCUGGCACUUGUUUGUGGCAUUUGCUGCAAUUCUUUGGUUACUAACAAAUGCUUCAACAGCAUGAGCUUAUCUAAAGUAGCCAUAUAUGGUUUUUAUAUGAAAGCACAUCUGCUAC